AUGUAUGUGAUAAAGAGAGAUGGAAGCCAAGAACCCGUUCAAUUCGACAAGAUAACCACGCGUAUCAAGGAACUCAGCCAUGGAUUGAAUCCCGAGCACUGUGAUCCCGUUUUGGUUUCUCAGAAAGUUUGCGCCAGCGUCUACAAGGGUGUUACCACCUCUUAUCUCGAUGAACUCGCGGCUGAAACCGCUGCUGGCAUGGCGGUCAUCCAUCCUGACUAUGCUACCUUGGCUGUGAGGGUUUCUGUUUCUAAUCUGCACAAGAACACGAAUAAUUCCUUUUCGGAGACGAUAAAGAUCUUGUACAAUAAUUUUGAUGAGACAUCUGGAUUCAAUGCUCCUCUGAUCGCCUAUGAUGUCUAUGCGAUUAUUAUCGAGAAUGCUGCUCGUUUGGACAGUGAGAUCAUCUAUGACAGGGACUUUGACUACGACUAUUUUGGUUUCAAAACCCUUGAGAAAUCCUACCUUUUCAAAAUUCAAGGAAAGGUUGUGGAAAGGCCUCAGCACAUGUUAAUGAGGGUUGCUGUUGGCAUUUACAAGAGGGAUAUAGAAUCUGUUGUCAAGACUUACCACAUGAUGUCUCAACUGUGGUUUACGCAUGCGUCUACGACUCUAUUAAAUGCCGGUACACCUAAUCCCCAAUUGAAUAGUUGCUUUAUACUAUGCAUGAAAGAUGAUACUAUAGAGGGUAUAUAUAAUACUUUGAAGGAGUGUGCUGUCAUCAGUAAAUCAGCUGGAGGAACUGGUAUCUCUAUUCACAACAUUCGUGCUAGAGGAAGUUACAUUUUUGGGACUAAUGGGACAUCCAAUGGCAUUGUUCCAAUGCUGCACGUGUAUAAUGAUACUGUACGCCAUUUUGAUGACGGGACAGGCAAGAGGAAAGGUGCAUUUGCUGUGUAUUUGGAACCAUGGCAUGCUGACAUAUUUGACUUACUGGAUUUAAGAAAAAAUCAUGGGAAAGAAGAGAACCGUUCUCCGGAUCUUUAUUAUGCUCUUUGGGUGCCUGAUCUUUUCAUGGAAAGGGUUCAGAGUAAUGGGGAAUGGUCUUUGUUUUGCCCCAAUCAAUCACCAGGUUUGGCAGAUUGUUGGGGUAAAGAAUUUGAGGAGCUUUAUCAUCGUUAUGAAAGAGAAGGAAAAGCAACAAUGGUUGUUAAGGCACAGCUACUCUGGUUUGAAAUACUGAAGGCACAGAUAGAAACUGGAACUCCUUACAUGCUUUUUAAGGAUACUUGCAAUAGGAAAAGUAACCAUCAAAAUUUGGGUACAAUUAAGUCGUCAAGCUUGUGUGCCGAGAUAAUGGCGUAUUCAAGUCAAGAUGAAACUGCUGCGUGCAGUCUGGCAUCAAUUGCACUACCACAGUGUGUAAGAGAAAAGGGCGUACCAAUGAAAUCUCAUCCAUCCAAGCUUGUUGGAAGCAUGGGUUCUGGAAAUCGAUAUUUUGACUUCGAUAAACUAGCAGAGAUUACCGCCAUAGUCACCACAAACCUGGAUAAAGUAAUUCAUGUUAAAUACUACCCAGUUAAAAACGCAAUUCUGUCUAACUUACGGCACAGACCUCUAGGUAUUGGCGUUCAGGGUCUUGCUGAUACAUUCAUACUACUUGGCAUGCCAUUUAGUUCACCAGCGGCUCAACUGUUGAACAUGGAUAUAUUUGAAACUAUAUAUUAUCAUGCUCUAAAAACUUCAUCUAACUUGGCUGCAAAAGAAGGUCCCUAUUUGACAUAUAGUGGCAGCCCUUUAAGCAAGGGAAUUCUUCAACCAGACAUGUGGGGUGUGACACCCUCAAAUCGUUGGGAUUGGGAAGAACUUCGAGAGACGAUAUCAAAAACGGGUGUUAGAAAUUCACUUCUGGUGGCCCCUAUGCCAACUGCAUCCACUAGUCAGAUUCUUGGAAAUAAUGUAUGUUUUGAGCCAUACACUUCAUAUAUCUACAAUCGUCAAGCUUUAAGUGGUGAAUUUGUUUCCGUGAACAAGCAUCUUCUUCAUGACUUGACUGAAAUGGGACUAUGGUCUCCGACAAUCAAGAACAAGAUUAUUCAUGGAAAUGGUUCGGUUCAAAAUAUUCCAGAAAUACCUGAAGAGCUGAAGUCUAUAUACAAAACUAUUUGGGAGAUAAGAAAUACAACAUUGGUUGAUAUGGCAGCUGCUCGAGGAUGCUACAUAGAUCAGAGUCAAAGCUUAAAUAUUCACAUGGCUGAACCCACCAUUGAAAAGCUAACUACCCUGCAUUUCUAUGCAUGGUCCAAGUGUCUAAAGACGGGGAUGUGUUAUCUCCAAACACAAGCUGCAGAAGAUUCUCUCAAGUUUGCUGUUGAUACUUCUGCUUUCAAAGAAACAUCUAACGUGGAAUAUGAUGAUAAUGAUGCAAAGCUGGCAGAAAUGCUGGUGUCUCUUUCACUUUGCGAGGACUACUUUGCUCGUGGAAUUUGA